GGUGUGAGGCUCGAGCCCGCCAGCCAGGCCUCUAGCACCUAGCGCGCGCCCUCAGCGAGGACCCGCGCGAGCUGCCCUGUACUGUGCCUGCGCUGUUUGAAAUAGCAGAACCCGUUAGGAGCUGGGGGAAACUACCGUUCCAGCUGACUCCGGAGCUCGUGCGUGCGAGGGGGCCGAGUGGCGGUCGCGGGGCGGCUCUUGCCUUUGGCGUCUGUGCAGCUUGGAGACUAGGACCGGCAUUUUCGAAAGACGCCGCCUUCAAUAGCAGCGCUGGCGCGGGCGGAGGCUAAAACCCGGGGGUCCUGAGAGUGAGGAAAACGCGCCAAGUUCCCCUCGGUGGUGGAGUAGGAAAGACCCUAGCGGCUCAGGAGCGUCGUGAGCGGGGCCGCUUCUUCUUGCGCCCUUUCUAUCCCGGGGCGGCCGCAGGCGGCCGCCGCUCCGGGAAUGUAAUUGGUGGCGGCGUAAAGCAGGACCAAGUGGCGGCCCGGGUUCCCGCUCUUGAGAGUGGAUGGUCACUCCCCCGCGGGAGGGCGAUCCGACCAGCUUUUUCUUGGGUCGGGGACCCGGGCUCCGAGCUGGAACUCACCUGUCGCGCCCACACCCAUCCCGUUUGAACUCGCCGGCGUCACCGUCGCGGACCUCGCUUUGAGCCAUGACCAGAUAUAACUGGUGAUUACACCUUGCCUCUAUAAAUUAAUUCUUGUCAACAACUUGGGAUUUGAAGAGAAAAUGCCUGGUGUCAUACCUAGUGAAAACAAUGGGCUUUCAAGAGGUAGUCCAUCAAAGAAAAACAGACUUUCCUUGAAGUUUUUUCAGAAAAAGGAAACUAAGAGAGCAUUGGAUUUCACAGAGUCUCAAGAAAAUGAAGAGAAAGUUUCUGAGUAUAAUGGAACUGAAAUUGAUCAAGUUGUUCCUGCAGCACAGUCCUCACCUAUAAACUGUGAGAAGAGAGAAAACUUGCUACCAUUUGUGGGAUUGAAUAAUCUUGGCAAUACUUGUUAUCUUAAUAGUAUACUUCAGGUAUUAUAUUUUUGUCCUGGUUUUAAAUCUGGAGUGAAGCACUUAUUUAAUGUUAUUUCAAGGAAGAAAGAAGCUCUAAAGGAUGAAGCCCAUCAAAAAGAUAAGGGCAAUUGCAGAGAAGAUUCUUUGGCAAGUUAUGAACUAAUAUGCAGUUUACAGUCCUUAAUCAUUUCAGUUGAACAGCUUCAGGCUAGUUUUCUCUUAAAUCCGGAGAAAUAUACUGAUGAACUUGCUACUCAGCCAAGACGACUGCUUAACACACUCAGGGAACUCAACCCUAUGUAUGAAGGAUAUCUACAGCAUGAUGCACAGGAGGUAUUACAGUGUAUUUUGGGAAACAUUCAAGAAACAUGCCAACUCCUAAAAAAGGAAGAAGUGAAAAAUGUGGCAGAAUUAUACACAAAGGUAGAAGAAAAACCUCAUCAGAAAGCGGAAAUGAGUGGUACUAACAACAUAGAAAUGGACAAUAUGAGGCAUUCUGAAGAAUAUAAAGAAGAACUCCCAAAAGGAAAUGCAAAAAGAAAAAGUGACACUGAAUUUGGUAACAUGAAGAAAAAAUCUAAAGUAUCCAAGGAAUACCAGUCAUUGGAAGAGAACCAGAGACAAACUAGAUCAAAAAGGAAAGCUACAGGUGAUAUGUCAGAGAUUCCUGCUAAAAUACUUCCCAAGUACACUUGUGAAAAUGAGAGUGCAAAGCCGUCGCAAAAGAAAUCAAGAGUUAAAAUAAAUUGGUUAAAGUCUGCAACUAAGCAGCCCAGCAUUCUUUCUAAAUUCUGUAGUCUGGGGAAAAUAACAACAAACCAAGGAUCCAAAGGACAGUUUAAAGAAAAUGAAUAUGAUCUUGAAGAGGAUGCAGAGAAGUGUGAAAAUGGUAACACUUUAAAGGUUAAUGGCUGUGGACUUGACUCUCCAGGGAAUAAUGUUAAACCCAUUAAUGUUAAUGAAGAUAAGGCCAUAAACAAAGGUGUGGAGCAAAUUGGUUUCGAGCUAGUAGAGAAAUUAUUUCAAGGUCAGCUGGUAUUAAGGACUCGUUGUUUGGAAUGCGAAAGUUUAACGGAAAGAAGAGAAAAUUUUCAGGACAUCAGUGUGCCAGUGCAAGAAGACGAGCUUUCCAAAGUGGAGGAGAGUUCUGAAAUUUCUCCAGAGCCAAAAACAGAGAUGAAAACCCUGAGAUGGGCAAUUUCACAAUUUGCUUCAGUGGAGAGGAUUGUAGGAGAAGAUAAAUAUUUCUGUGAAAAUUGCCAUCAUUAUACUGAAGCUGAACGAAGUCUUUUGUUCGACAAAAUGCCUGAAGUUAUAACUAUUCAUUUGAAGUGCUUUGCUGCUAGUGGCUUGGAGUUUGAUUGUUAUGGUGGUGGACUUUCCAAGAUCAACACUCCUUUGUUGACACCCCUUAAAUUGUCACUAGAAGAAUGGAGCACAAAGCCAACCAACGACAGCUAUGGAUUAUUUGCAGUUGUGAUGCACAGUGGCAUCACAAUCAGCAGUGGGCAUUACACUGCUUCUGUUAAAGUCACCGACCUAAACAGUUUAGAACUAGAUACGGGGAAUUUUAUGGUAGAUCAAAUAUGUGAACUAGGUAAGCCCGAACCGUCGAAUGAGGAGGAAGCAAGGGGUGUGGCUGAAAAUUAUGAUGAAGAAGAAGUGUCUGUUAGAGUCAGUGGAAAUACACAGCCAAGUAAAGUUUUAAACAAAAAAAAUGUAGAAGCUAUUGGACUUCUUGGAGGACAAAAGAGCAAAGCAGAUUAUGAAUUAUACAACAAAGCAUCUAAUCCUGAUAAAGUUGCUGGUACAGCAUUUGCUGAAAGUAGAAAUUCUGAAACUACCACUAAUGGGACCCAUGAAUCUGAUAACAAGGAAUCCAGUGAUGAAACAGGCAUUAACAUUAGUGGAUUCGAGAAUAAAAUUUCAUACGUAGUGCAAAGCUUAAAGGAGUAUGAGGGGAAGUGGUUGCUUUUUGAUGAUUCUGAAGUGAAGGUUACUGAAGAGAAGGACUUUUUGAAUUCUCUUUCCCCUUCUACAUCUCCUACAUCUACUCCUUACUUGUUAUUUUAUAAGAAAUUAUAGAGCGAGUGUAUUUUCCUUGUAUAUAUUAAACAGACCUGGACAAACAUUGGUAAAAUUAAUUACAUCAAAGAGUCUUUAGCAUAUCUUUUGAGAUACUGGAUAUUAUUGGUCUCUUUAGGUUUUAUAUAGUGAAAUUUGAAUUACUGAAAACCAUGUCAAUUUUUAGCAUUCAUUUUCCUUACCUAGAGACUAGUGAUGCAUUAGCUUCUGGGAACAAACUUGUAUGCAAUUUCUAAACGAAUUAUCCAAAAUGGAAGCAUUUAAACACUUUUGAAUUUACAUCUAUCUUUUGUGUUUGCUUUUUAAAAUAAGGUACUCGUAUUUGUAUUCUUCAUAUUUUGGAGUAAUUAUCUACAUGUUUAUAGGUGCUGCGGUUUUCCAGCUAAGAGGCAGAAUCUCAUUCAGUACACUUAGUUUUAUAAUACAGUUGUGAUGCCAAAUCUUUGAUGGGCUUUAUUAGAGGCACAAACCGUCUAGAAAGUGUGAUUUCACAAUGGUGUUCAUUUUGUGCCUUGAUUCACUUUGAAAAGUAUCUCAGAAAACCUGGACAGUUCCCUCUGUCUUCAAAAGAAUUUUAUAUGUAUUUAUGAAGAUGAUUCUGUACUCUAGUACAUCUUUUGGGGCAUGGAUUAAUUUGUAUCUCUUCAUUCUGCACGAUCUGUAUAUAGUACAUCAAACUUAGAGGUAUGACCUUUAACUUUUUUUUAAAAACUGGGAGGUCAAUAAAAUUUAAACUGCUUAACAACUAUGUCUACAAAUGCUCAUCUUUUUUUUCACUUGCAUAUUUCUACCGUAAAUAAAGCUGGGUUCUCUUAAGGAACAGAACAUGUAUAUAUGUAUACGCACAUUUAUAUUCAUCUAUAUAGAAAAGAGAAUAAGCAUGCAUAAUUACCUUUAAUA